AGAAAAUUCUAAAUCGUUUUCUUCGAUGAGCUUUUCAUCUUCUCUCAUAAACGAGUUUCUCCGUUGAAGUCUCAGGGGUUUCUCCAUCUUGAGUUAUGCUUCUCACGCUGUCUGACCUCUUUCGAUGCCACUGCGUCUCUGACUCCGCCACUGCGCCGGCGUCUCCGCCACUGCAUCUCCGCUACUCUGCGUUGUAACCUCACGAGAUCUCCGCCCCACUGCCGUCUCUAUCAAUUUUUGAAUAAUCAAAGGGUGAAGACGAACCAGAAAAACGAUGCGGUGUGGAGGAGCAGAGAGGAGUGCGGAGGAAGAGAGAAGAGGCUGUACAGAGGAUUACCACCGCUGAGCCAGACUAAUUAAUCUGGGUUUUGUUUGAGUUUUACUAGAUUUUGCUCUUAUUUGAAAUUACCAUUUUUGCAGGUUUGUGAUUUGAGGAUGAUGGGUUAUAUAUAGUUUAUGCUGGAAAAAGACGAUGGUUGAGUGACAUUUUUUGUGGUUCAUGGCAAGAGACAGUGAUAUACAGAAAAAGGAAAAUGGAAAGUGUAGCCAUACCAGAGCAUUCGAUCAAACUCCUCCCUGUUGCACAGCCUGGAGUAUUUGAUCUGGUGGGUUAUGUCAUCUCCGCCGGGGAAGGGAAACCAUACCAGAGCGUCUUCUACAACGGAAUCAUUGAGGUAGUUAAGCAAGGCAAAAUUGUGGAGAGGCAUGGACGUCUUGAUUUUCAACUGUUGGCAUUAGUGGACCCAUAUCGAUCACAUCCAGACAUACAUGGAAGAUGGGACAGAUUGUACAAAGACAUGAACAGACUGGUCGCUUAUUACAAAGGGAUGACCACUUGGCUCGAUGGGUUAAUGCAUUUGUCAAUCCAUCUAAGACCAAGGUUUUUUUCAAUGGCGUUUCUCCUGUUCACCGAUGGAAGGGAUUGGGGAGAGCCAAUGAAGUCAUGUAAGAGUCGCACACAGCCAUUCUACGGGAGAAAAUAUUCAGGAGGGUCACCUGUUGCUUGGGUGAUUUUAAACAAAGUGAUGAGGAGAUUGAAGAAACCGGUCUAUCUCAGCGCCGUAAAGAUACUCAUCCUUGUGCUUACAUUGGAACCAUCCUGGUUAUGAUUGUAGCCACUGGUAUCUUCCUGGUCUACCUGAUUCCUGGAAUGUACUCUUUUACUCUGCUCUUUUCUCUUGAAGUCUCUUUUGUCCUAUCAUCAAUGUAUAGGUUACUGAAUAACAGUCUAUUUCUGUAGUUACCUUUGAAUUGUUGUCGCUUUAUUCUUGACUGAAAUAACGUUUUAGAUACCCAUGUGACUCUAAACAUAAGAAAAACAUCUCAAGAAUACAAUAUACACAACCGUGAAAGGAUUCAGUA